CAAUAAAAUCAAAGCGGAUAUUUAUUUUUCUUUUCUAAUAAAAGUUUUUUUAGAAUGCGUCGGUUACUUUGUGCUGUGUUUGUUUUAAUUUCGUAUGUACAAUGCAAGUUAUGGCCGAAAGGGGUUGUUCAUUAUGCUAUUAAUAAAAAGGAUUAUGAUCCCCAUUCACAAGACGUUAUAGCGAGUGCAUUUGAUCAGAUUGAGAGAGAAGUUUGCGUGAAAUUCUUCAAUACUCCUCUUAAUUUUAAUGCUACGAAUGAUGAGAAGAUUCUGUAUAUAUCCAACCCUGCUAAGAGGAAGGAUUGCCCGCCGGCUGGGUAUAAUUAUGACAAACAUAUUGUGGACAUGCAAAUCGGGUACAAAUGCCUGAACGAGCACGAUAUAGCCCGCAUUGUACUGGACAUGCUGCGAGCGAGUGUCGACAAUACAGUCGAAAAACCUAAUAGCAACGAUUUGUUGCGGAAAUUCCAGGAAGUGAAAGGAGACUCCAACACCGCAACCCUGCUAUCGGCAUCCGACAGAAACUACAUAAAUGCACAUUAUCUAGAGGAGUGUGAGAAUUUGGUGAAGAAACCGGUAGAGACCCGUCGGUCUACGUCCUGGACUAUGGAAGUAUCGGCUGCUAAUGAAAGAUAUUACAAAGACAAGCUGUGGCCGCUCGGUAUUGUCAUGUAUGGGUAUGAUCCGGCGAUACUAUCACUGCCGGAGUACAGCAAGCUGACCUACGCCAUGAUGGUGAUUGAGCUCGCCAGCUGCAUAGUCUUCAAGUCUUUCAGUAAGAAGGAUCCGCUCCAGCCGAAGAACUUGCUCUGGUUCGGCUUCCUGGGCGAGGAGAUGCCACACCUCGGCUUCUUGGCUGAGAACCAGACACUCUCUAUUUCUCAUAUGGCGCACGGAGCCCCUGGACAUACAGCGCAUACUAUAAAUGCCCUGAUGAGAGCUCUUGGCAUUCCCAUGAUGUCUAACCGAUACGACCGAGAUAACUACGUCACUAUCAACUGGAAAAAUGUGGCUAUGAUGUCUGAACACCACUUGGAGCGAGUCCCGGAGGACGCGUGGCUCCGGAACGCGGAGGGUGAUGGCGCUCCAUACGACUAUGACAGCGUGACGCACGCCCCAGUCAACUACAUGUGUGCAGACUGCUCGUUGGGGGAACAAACUGUCACUCCGGUACAGGAUCAUCUCUGGCAAAGGACCCUGUCAAUGGGCCACCACUCCGACCUGAGCCCUGCCGACAAGGAGACCCUAGCACUUCUAUACAACAAGGAGUGUCAGAAACGCUUGGCAUCUGAUUAUAAGAAAUAAAUUACUUUGUUCCUAAUUA